AAUACGAAAGGACGAUGACGCAAUUUUCGCAUAUUUUUAAUUCCUUCCAAGAUCACUUGAAUAGUGAACAAGAAUUAAGAGAGGAAAUUCGUAUGAUCGUGAAGGACACUGAAAAAACUGCUCGGGAUAUCCUGAUAAUUCUCCAGAAUAUUCACAAUGAGAGUUCAAUGGAGGAAGACGCAAUUAUUUCUCAAUACUGUGCCAAAGCAAGAGAGUAUUUCGGUGAAGUAAGACUACACUACGCUAAACUAGCUCAAGUCGUUCCUAAAGAUCAGUACUACAGAUUCCACGACUUGUGGCGAUUUGUCACUCAGCGUUUGUGCUUCCUCGCAUCACUCACAGUUUAUCUGGAAGUUAAAAUCCUCGUGACUAAAGAAACUGUUGCUGAAAUUCUCGGUGUAAAAAAUAAACGAGAGGAAGGUUUCCAUCUCGAUUUGGAAGAAUUUCUCAUGGGAUUACUUCAGUUAUCAGCAGAAUUGAGCCGCUUCGCAGUUAACAGUGUGACAUCCGGCGAUUACAAUCGGCCAAUCGAAAUUGCUCGUUUCGUUAAUGAAUUGAAUGCUGGAUUUAGACUACUAAAUUUGAAGAACGACAAUUUACGCAAGCGAUUCGAUGCUUUGAAAUACGAUGUGAAAAAAGUGGAAGAAGUUGUCUAUGACUUGAGCAUUCGGGGGUUGAAACCAACAGCCCUGCCACCCAGUGAUAAUCAGUAGAAUAUGCUAGGCGAAAUCCUAGUGAAGACUGAAUUGACAUCAAUAUAAGUAUCCAGACAUAACAAUUCGUAUGAACCCCCAACGUUUCAGUAAAAAAAAGACAAAAAUAAACAAAUCUUUUUCAAGUUA